UUUGGAGGAAACUUUCGUGUCACGAGGUCGUCCGCGUCGACGAGAAGACGGCGAGGUUCCUGACUCCACGUCUUCGACGGGAUUCAUCCGAUACUUAAGUCUAAUUGCAAGACGAAUAUUCCUCGGCGUACGCGAACAUGCGGCACGUUUUAACCGGCUAAUUAAACACCGUACUGUAAUUACACCGACAUGGCGAGACUGGGAGGCGUGCGACUAGCGGCAACAAUCGUCAUCUCAAUAACAAUUAAAUUGCUCUCCGUACAUGGCAGGAAAUGCGUGUGCACAACCAAGACGUGCAUUGAAACCGGGAAGGACACCUGUGGUACGCGUUUCGCCUGUUACACGGAGCUCAUCCUCACAGACGAGGGACAAGGAAAUACGACAACUCGCGGCUGCACCGAAGACGCGACGCCACUUCUGUGCGAGAAUCCUCCCAGGUCCGAGGACACUUCGACCGGUUACCAGCACCGGGUUCGACUGCCGCAUUUGAGAUGCUGCGACUCCCACGACUACUGCAACCGCGGUGCCCUCGACCCUCUGUUGCAGGAUCACCGUCGGCCCUUGUCAACCCAGAACCGCGAUCCCGUCGUCAGCAGCGGGGACUCUCAAGGCAAAUCCUCGGACCCCCCGGAUCGCUAUCGCGAUAAGAAACUCCUCGACUCUUCGGCAUUUACCGGCGACGGCAGCGGUCUGAAUUCCUUGACCCUUCGGCAGGUCAAACCCCUCCACGUGGCAGCCCUUAUUCUCGCUUUGGCCGCCCUCAUCUCGGUUCUCGCUGCCUGUUACGUCAUCACCAGAUUUCUACGAUCUAAUCCGUACCCGGCAUCGAGCCAAAAUGUCAACUGAUACCAUCGUUGGUCGCGUCGCCGCUGUCGCCACGCGGUAUAAAUAUUAUAUCUCGGAAAAGUACGCGAAUUAUCCGGUGCAUCUCUACGUCGAAGGGUAGAGAGAUGAUCAAAGAGAUCAGGAAGCGAGUGGGAAUAUCGACGUGAAACGAACGUACGUGUGUCGGCGAUCGGGAAGCGAGAAGCACAAGGGCAAAAACCCUCGGCGCCGGAGCUCGGUUCCAGUUCGCAGCUGAUCACAAUGGGUGUAAGUAUCAUGUGGCCGAUGACGGUGAGUCAAACAGCGGGUGAAAAGGUCGGUGAGGCAAAGGAUGAGGAGGAGGAAGAGGAGGGUGGGUGCAGACAAGGAACGGCCGGCGAGCACAUGCAGCGACGCAACGUGGCGGGAGUAAAACGGAGCGAAGCCGGGACCGACGCCGACGGCGACGUCGACGAGGGCGCGUUGCGACGCCCGGCGUCUGGCUGGUCUGGUCUGGCCCGAGGCGCCACUCGGUCCCCCACCUCCGGAUUUUCCCCUUCUAUGCAGCCCUACUUAGCCGACGAACACGGCGAAAGCUCGGCUCGUACGGACGCCGGUUUCUCACCCACACAAACGAGCCUCCUGACCGGAACGCCUCGGCGAGGGCCGCCGUAGUUUAAAAACUAUCAGAGAGCGUUCUUCGCCGGCUACGAUCGGCCGAGUUCUUCCUCUCGCAAAGUCGGUUCAGUGCCGUACCUCCGAGACUCGCUCGUACGUGCACUUUAAACGUAUUUCGAUGCCGCUCGAAGUGCACGCCGGUUUAAUUUAACGAGAUUUGAUCGAGUCUUUUACCUCGGUCGAAAGUAAAUUUUGUGAAAAACGAUAUUAUUUUUAAACUAUUACUCUCCGAACACCCUUUGAGGAGAAUUAAUGUUUUCUUUGAUAUUACCGUUCGGUACAUUGUUCUGUGAUUUCGGUGCGCGGGGUGUGCGUAAUAUGAAUUCGACGUUGUUUCUUUGAACGAAAAUUAAACGAGAGUCGAAUGAAAUUGACGCGGUUGUACGAUUCGUACCUGCGGCAAAUAAUUGGUUAAAAUUAUUCGUGUUACCUGAUUUAUCCACAGUGUAAACGUAUCGAUAAACCUGCGAUAGAUAAUAUCGAUUAAAAUAAUCGUUUAACACGGGGGGGGGGAAAGAGAAAA